CCCUUUAACUUACCCGAGGCAGACUGACUAGAAGUGCUCUGCUCAUAGUUCUCUUCCUCCUCUUCCUCAUUUUCCUUCAACAAGGAUUAGACCGGUAAUAAACAAGUAUGAAACUAUUUCCUAUAAAUAAUGUACAUCUACAGAAUGAUAUACCGGCAGGUCUAUGAGCUCUUAUUCAUUGUUAAAUACUUGAUUUUCUGCUAUGGCAGAUUUAUUGCUCAAGUAUUCAGCUGUGACAUCAACAUUAGCCGUUUGACAAUAAAAUGAUUUGUUAGUGUGUUAUUGACAAUAGCCUAUGCAAACAAUAAUGCAACUGAGAAAUGUUGACCUGUAAAUGCUCGUAAACUUACCAGAUAACUAUUGCCAAACCCACGUAAUGACACUGUAAAUAACAGAUAUUAAACGUAAUCAUUAUAACAAAGUUAAAAAUAACCUAGGCAAUGACGAGCCGACUUGCUUGCUUUAGUACAAAAAACCUCCCAAAAUAUUAAAUGCGUAUUAAAUCAUGUAUAGAAAAGUUAUUUGAAAGGCAAGUUAUUUAAAUAUAAGUAUAAUAGUCAAAUGGUUAUAUAUAGAAAAAAGCGUCUUACUUUUAGUUGCUAAUAUAGAAUGGAAGUUUCAUUCGUCUUUACACAUCAGUCAUGACUUUAUUUUGUCCUGCUUUCACUUUCAUUUCUUGGGCGUGACGGGCGCGGCUGUUUCGCAUAAGACAUAACCUUUCAGAUUGGAGAACGAUAAAUAAAGAUGAACAAAGGGUUGGUGAAACGCAGAGUUAGUAGAACCAAGAACAAUCAUGGAAACUACCAGAACACAAAAUAAAAGUAUUCAAACAUUUCAGAUUUCAUUCCAGCUUUUAAUCAAAACCUUAUUUCAUGGAAACAUACUGUUUUUUUGUCUUUAUUCAUUGUGUACAUUAAAACAAUACGGCAGUUUAAGCUUUCAAUCAUAUUGAGGUACCUAGGACAAGCGUCAGACCCUUUUUUAGGAACAUUUUAACGCAGUGUUAUUCCAACAUUGUUACUACCACAUUACUGUAGAUUGUAUUGCAUUGAUUUUCAUAAAACAUAAUCAAUUCAUCAUUGAUAAAAGUCAAACUGUUCUUAAGGGCUUGUAAAAGCAAGCAUUUCGCGGUAAGGUCUACACUUGUUGUUUUCGGGGCAUGUGACAAAUAAGGUUUGAUUUGAUAUGUGUAGAACACAGAAUUCGUCCUGAAUAUGUACCUGAGCCGCUAGCUAGACUGUGACCCGCUGCAUAUCUUACAGCUUUAGUAAUCAAACGUUCGGAUGUAGGCAGUGGCACUUCCGAAUGUGAGGUGAGGAAUGGUAGUAUGUGGUGCGUGUGCAAAGUCUGAACUGCGGGUGGAAGCAAUAUGCCUAGAUGCGACUAGUCUGCGGGCGGAAACCAACACGAAGAAGAAGAGACGAAGGGCGGAAGAGACGAAGUGCACUCCGUUGUGGUCCCUUCGCAGUGCUAGCUAACAUGGAUGCUACAAUGGAAAACAUCGAACACACGCUACCGCUAUACUCGAAUAAUGCAAAAAAGAAAAGUAAAAAGAAAGUGAAUUCAGAAUACACGUACAAAUUGUCUGAAUAUGAAACAAUGGACUUUGUGAAAUUGCGCGUAUCAAAUCGCUACAUGUUUACGGGGAGGAGAAAUGCCUCUCGACUGGCCUGGAGGGCCAUCCUCAAACACAUGGGCUUGCAGGGGAAGAUGACGGCCAGUCAGGCAAUGAAAAAAUGGGAAAAUCUGAAGAAGAGAUACAAGGAGCUGAAGUACCCUCCCCCAGGGGUGCAGGUGUUCCCCCACAGUUGGCGUUGGUACGAUCUGAUGAGUGACGCAAUGGAGGGGCGUCUGGCAGGCUCAGCCCCCAUCAUCGGCCCACUCCCCCCGGGCACUAGCGACAGUGAUUUUCUCCCUGAUGCCCGGCCCAGGAAGAGAUCCAUGAUUGGCGGAAUAGGGGUGAUGGGGAUGCACUGCGACCUGGACGAGAUGGACACCGAGAGGGCGACGCUGGAGACCGAACGGGCGGCAUUGGAGGGCGAGCGAGAGGUGAUGGGGAGAGAGCGGAUGGCGCUAGAGAGAGAGCAAGCAGGGCUGGAACGAGAGAUGGCCAACCUGGACCGGGAACGUGCCCAGCUGGAGAGGGAGAAGGCAGCGGUGGAGAGGGAGAGGGGGCUGAUAGAGAAGGAGAAAGCGCAGGUGGCCAGGGAUCGGCUGGCUGUGGACAGAGACAGAGUUCUACUGGCGGAGGGUAGAGCAGCAGAGGAGAACGGUGCGGAAGGACAAAGCUGUAAAACAGGAGGACAGAGGGUCGUUGGGUCGUUGGAAAGAACCGAGAGAUUCCUCAAGAUGUUUGAAAAGUUGGUUGAACGUAUGUGAAGAACAAUUAUGUGUUUGUUUACACUAGAAUAGACUAUUCAAUUGGAAAGUAAUUGGAUAUCAUUUGUAUUGGUUUUAUUUUCUAUGAAUGUACAAAGUUUUCAAUGACAAAUCCUUUUUGUAUUGCUGUUCAGAGAUGCCUGUAUGCCUAUUGUUAUCUGGGCUAGAAGUAUUUGAACAUUAACUGCCUAAACAGUUGUACUCAAUCAAUUCAUUCAAAAUCACUUUGCAGCUACACACCUUACCGGUCAAUUCUCAAUUAAAAUGUUAAGCCAUUGAGGUCAUCAAAACAACUUUAUUCAAUUGUGGUAUUUCCAUACAAAGCACACAAUAGCAGGCUGUUUCUUCUUGUUAACCCCAUCCACACCCAACACCCCCCCCUCCCCCUUGGUCAUACAAUAGUCUUGAUCUUUAUUGAUAUAGGCUAUUGUGGUCAUAACAAGAACUGAAAUGUAAUAUGCCAAAUAUUGCAGUUCAUGUAAAAAAAAGUGACUUCAGAAUAUAUUUUUAUAUUACAGUACAGACUUUACAGAUGCUUGUUUAAUUGCUUCUUUUAAUGCAUUGGUAUUCAAAUUAGCGUUCCAGUAAGCUUCAAUUCGUUUAUGCUAGUAUAAUUGUUUUUUUAAAUAGUGUUAGAUUUCUGUAAUAUAAUUUUUUUUCCUUUACAAAAACAUAUUUAAACAAUAUUACUGGUUGUCGUUGCCAGUCAUGAACAGACAUGAAACAAUGUUCGAUUGUUGGAUCAAUAAAAUGUCACAUUUUCAUUG